AUGUCUGUGUCCACAGAGUUCUUGGUCAUUGGCCCCUCAGAACCCAUUGUGGCAGUGCUGGGUGGGGACAUCACACUGCCCUGUCGUGUGUCCCCGGCCAUGAAUGUGGAGAACAUGGAGCUCCGGUGGUUCCGCUCCAAGUUCUCUGAAGCUGUGUUCAUCUAUAAAAAUGGCUGGAAGCAGGAGGACGAGCUGAUGGCCCAGUAUGCAGGACGGACCUCUCUGGAGAGGGAGCUUCUCACCCAGGGGGAGGCUGCCGUGCGCAUCCACAAAGUUCAGGCUGCCGAUGACGGGCUCUAUUCCUGUUUCUUCAGAAAGGGAGACUUCUAUGAAGAGGCCAAUUUGGAGCUGAAGGUGGUAGGUGUGGGCUCUGCCCCUCAAGUGCGCAUCACAGGGCCUGAGGAGGAUGGGGUUCAAGUGGUGUGCACAGCCUCAGGGUGGUUCCCGAAGCCCCAGGUGCAGUGGAGAGACCUCAGUGGAGAGAAGUUCCUGGUGUUCUCCGAGGCCCAUGCCCAAGAUGCUAAAGGGCUGUUCAGUGUGGAGGCCGCUCUGGUGGUGAAAGACCGUUCUGUGGGCAAUGUGACCUGCUCUAUGCUCAAUCCCGUCCUGGGACAGGAGAAGGCGAUGGCCAUUUUCAUCCCAGAGCCCUUUUUUCCCCAGUCCUCUCCAUGGAAACCAGCUUUCCUAGUGAGCCUGACCGUGCUGGGACUCCUACUCCUCGGUGCUGGGUAUUACACCCAUAGAGAGCAUUCCGCAAAGCUGCAGGAGCUGCAAGAACAGAAGACUCUGUGCCAGGCUAAGGAGCAGGACAGGCAGGCAAAGGAGGAGAUGCUGAAGGCCAGAGAUAAACUCCAAGCAGAACUUGAUUGGAGGAAGACAGUUUACCUGGCUGCCUGGAGGAAGGCCCAGCUGUAUGCAGACUGGCGGCAGGAGAAGUUCCAGGCCUGGUCUGUCACUCUGAAUCCAGCCUCUGCCAGUCCCAGCCUUACCAUCUCUCCUGAGAAGACGAGAGUGACCUUGAAGGACACCAGUGAGGACUCAAACAGCACCUGCAGCGUGUUGGGCCUUGAGGGCAUCACAUCAGGGCGCUGUCACUGGGAGGUGGAGGUCACAGGUGGAGACAAAAAUGAAUGGGCUCUGGGGGUCUGCAGGGAAGAUGUGGAAAGGGAAGGCUGGUACAGGGAGUCCCCAGAGACAGGGUUCUGGGUUGUGGGGAAGUUUGAUUCUGAAUAUUAUGCAUGCACUUUAAGUCAGACUUUGUUAUCUGUUAGGCAGCUUCCCCACAGGGUGGGUGUUUUCUUGGACUACGAUGAAGGGGACAUUUCCUUCUAUAACAUGACCGAUGGUUCCCACAUUUUCUCCUUCCCUCCAGCUUCCUUCUCUGGGACCCUCUUUCCAUACUUCAGUUUUAGGUCAGAGGUUGGGUCCCUGACCAUCUGUCCCAUGAAGGGUACGUCUGAGAGGCUCUCUGUGCCCCUUAAUAAUUCUCUGGAGGAACCUAUGAGCCUCCCAGGGGCGGGGUUAAGCUCAGGCUCUACUGGUGAUGAAGUUCAAUCUCCACUACUGUCCUGAAACAUGGAGGCCAUGCCCCCUCACUGUCCCUGUCCCCUCACUGAGCCUUUCCCUGGAGAUGCCAACUCCCUGUGGCAAAGCCUCUGAGCUGAGCCCUGGAAUGCUGAAUGUUCCCUUCCUGCUCUGCAUGCAGACCCUUUGGUGUGUGGUUAUGAGAAUAGAGAAUAGUCAGUUCAUUCUUUUUGCAUAGGAGCAGGUUAUAAAAGUUGACUGAGCUGGUUUGGAAUAGGCUAUAUUUUGGUAUGGAAAGUUUUUUUUGUAAUGAAAAAUAUUUCAUGAACUCGUUAUAGUGUUUGAAUAGGAAAGAGGGUUAGGGGCUAAAUUACCCUGCAGGUUUAGGUGGAGUUUCCUUUAUCCAUCUGGAGUUUGGGCAGAAGAAUGCAGAGGCUGAGGGUAGUUCCCAAAUCCAUUUUGGGGGUUCUUCACUAUCUGACCAGAAAAGUUGGCCAUCCAAAGUCUCCAGGAAAAUGGAUGGCUGCUGGACUUUUAGGAGGAGAAGAGUCUAAUAUUCUACUCUCUCUAUUUCUUUUUCUGGGAUGGGUGGAACACUUGUUUUUUCAAACCUCAGUAAAUUUCUGUUACCUGUGAAAAACCUGUGCUGUGUUAAUUUAGUGAAUGAAGGAGAAACAUCUGGGCUCCCCUUUAGUGUGAGCAAGGUUUCAGUCAUCAAUGUAUUGCUUCUUGGUACUUCCAAGUCCAAUGGUAUGGUUAAUGCAAAACCACAGCAAAGAAAAGGAAGCAGGACUUUGGGGGAAUGAAGGUGCAUUCAUUCUGCCAGGCACAGAGCUCUGACUUGCUAUGGUUCUCACUAAAUGUGGAAGACCUGGAGCAAGAAAUAGAAGAAAGAAGACGAUCAAUUCUGACCUGUGGCCAAUUACAGAAAUAAGGAGUGAAAUAAAAGCUUUGUAUAUUUUUUCUUUCUUGUUGUAAGUGUAUGUUUAUUUGUAUAUAUUAACCAUUUUCUUUUUCUUUCUUCUUACCCUUCUGCUUUUAUGUAAGUUGUUGGAGGUUAUGUAUAGUAUAGUCUUUAGGUAUCAGACUAGUCAAUGGGGCUAUGAAUUUCAGGAACUUUGCAAUAUAAAUAUAGCAAUGUUUGAUACAAUGACUGGGACUUUCUGUGUCGACAUUUUGGGGAAAGGGUGAGAAUUUCUUCACUUGUAAGGGUAGCUUUGUCUUGAUGCAUGAAAAUGUAAUUUUUAUAUGAAAGUUCAAAUUUGGUAAAUGGUUCAUAUUGAAGCUGAGUAGCCAAAGGUGUGGACUGUGUCCAUUAUCAAUUUAUUGCCUCUUGGUUCCAAAUCCACCCCACAUUUGCCUUGUUUUGUGAUCCUGGAGCUGGAACCUCCUCCCCCAAUUUCUUCUUUGCCAUUUGACACAAUGUAGUUAGACUUUGACCCCUUUGCACUGCAGGGGGUGCUGUAGGACAUGGCAGAGGAAGCAGAUUCUUUUCUUGGGGGUGCUUUUCUCCUUGAUCCUGUGGGGUGACUGUCAGUGGCCUACAGAAAGCCCCCCAAUGUUCUCCCAUCUUUUGGUGAAUUUGACAUUGCAGCAGUCUGUUUUCCAGAGGAUAACUUUCUCAGGGAUCUAAGCAGCACCCCAAUGGGUGGUUUCCUGCCCACCAGCCUUGGCCUGUGGCAUGUCAGUGGACUUCUUCACCUUUCGGAGGGCUGCGGUCCCAUCCUGACUAAUAAGCUCUGAAUCUGCCUUUUGGUGGGGGUCGUCUCCCAAAUAUCUGACUCUUGUGUCUUCUGCCUUAACUCUUGAGUUAGUGUCUGUUUCCUGUAUCUGCUUUUUCUGUAUCCCUUAGAGCUUUCUUUGACUGCUACCAGUAGUUAACUACUAAAACUACCUUCUGCUAGUUAAUAAUUUUUUAUAUAAAAAUUUCCCUGUUCAAAUUACUGAUGUAGUUUCUGUCUCCUGACUGGACACUGAAUCUAAACAU